AUCGAUAACACACACAAAUGCACGGCAAUCGGUACAGAUAUUUUUCAAAUCAUCGACUAUUUUGUUUACAAUUGUACUAUUUACAAGAAUUUUGUGCCCAUUUUCAUUAAUUUUUGGGCAAAAUGUGGGCCACAAGCAACAAAGAUAAUUACUUCGUAAAUCGGGACUACAACAAAAAUGUGUUGAGCAUAAUGCCCUGUAUGGAGAUGACGGUUAAUUUUUGUUUUAGUGGCGACGCAAUGCGCGCCAAAAAGACCUGUUUACUGUACGCGGAGAAAUUGGAUUGCAAGGAGUUAAUUCAAUUACGUCUGGCCGAGAAGUGCGAUCAGCGGCGUAUGUAUUUAACAACUGUGGACAGUGCACGGUUUCAUGAGUUGAAACAGGAUCAAUCGCUGAACGUUACUUUCAUGGGCUUCAUAGACAACCUGGUGAAAAUGCUUAAGGACUGCCAGGCGGGCAGCCUGGAGCUGUGGCUAUCAGCCAGAGAUGCAGCAACAUCCUCGCCUCACAAUACCAGCGAGAGCCAAGAAUUCCACUUGCAAUUUGUUGAGAUACGUGCCUUCAAGAAUUUGGUACACCUGUACCUGCCUUGCCGAUCAGCACCGCUGAAUACCGUGCUUUUCUAUAUGAAUGCGAUGUUGGAUGCAGCACACAGGCAAGUUGCUGCCAUGGAACAGAACACGCAACAAUUACAACUGGAACUCAAUUCUCGUGAAUCACACGUUGAGCAACUGGGUGCGGAAAACAACAAGUUACGGGAAGCAAUAUCAGAGAACUCGCGCCAAUUGGGUGAUAAAUACUCAGCCGACUUACAGGCAGUCCAGGACAAACUAAUGAAGAUAAAUGAACAACGUAGCAAUGAAAUGGAUCGCAAUCGCCGCACGAUCGCCGGCUUGCAAGCUCAGUUGGAUAAGGCAUCGCAGGAUAAAGGCGAGCUAAAAUCGCAGCUAGAGCAGGCAGAGAAGCGCAGUCAAAGUCUAAGCGAGGAGUUGUCCUGUAGUAAGUCACGUAUUUGCUCCCUAAAAGAACAAAACGAGCGAUUACAAUCAGAUGUGGCGGCUGAAAAACAACAGGAGCGCAAACUGGAGUACAAAAUCACCGACUUAAAACAGCAGAUGACUGAAUUGCAGGAUCAGAUACAAAAGUGCAAUAAAGAAAAGGCUAAUGUAGCCGCCGAACUUGAAGCCGAGAAGAAAAUUUUGCAUACCAAGCGCCAAGCUUUGGAAAUGGCCUCGGACGAAAUUUCCAAGGCAAAUCAAAUAAUAGUCAAGCGUAACCAAGAGGUUGUUGCUCUCAAAAAAACUAUUGCAUGGCGCACGGAAGUUGCUUUGCAGCAGGAAAAGGCCAUUCAGGAGAAUGAGAAGCUUCUCUGCCUACGCGAGGAUGAGCUUAGGCAUACACGAAAAACAAUACAACAGCUGCAAGAGGAGAUUCCAAAGCAAUUGGAGUCGAUGCGGCAGUUUGCGGAAGGCCUAGAAAAGAAGUACACAGCUCAAAUACACACGCUCCAGGAUCGCUUGGCAGGGACCAGCAAUAAGGAGAACUACGGGAUUAGAGCAAACUCUGCCAGACGUAAAUAGAUUACCACCACAUUAUUUAAAUUUGUAUUUAUUAAAUUAUGUAUAUUUUGGCUUAGUUAUAUUAAAUGUUUUGCUAUGGA